AUGAGACACGGGGGAGGAGGGGUGUUUGGACAAAUGUGCAGACGGUCGAUGAAAAGUAAAGAAGCUCGGAGGCCACAGGCUGCGAGUGCCGAUGCCCGCAGGGGCGGAGUCGUCCGGCCGGAAAGUGCCCGGGGGGGGCUCAGGGGAAGGGGCUCAGGUGUCGCCGCCAUCGAUGGUGAUGCGGCAGGGGGUGGCGAAGGAGAUGGGGCGGGUGCCCUUGGCCGUGAUGUGCACCGUGUCCUACAGGAGGUCACACCCGCCCCCGUUAGUGCCGCGAUCCCAGCCACCGAACCCCCCGUGGUCGCGGUGCCGACCACCGAAGCCCCCGUCAUCGUGGUGCCGACCACCGAAGCCCCCGUGAGUCCGGCCCUAUCUACCGAUUCACCCAUCAGCCCGGUCCUGACCACCCAAGCCCCCAUCAGUCCAGUCCUAUCCACCGAGCCCCCCGCAAGUGCGACCACCGACACUCCCGCAAUCCCAACCACUGAUCCCCCCGUGGAGGAUGAGACGCCGGCCCCCGCCACCACCGACCUAACGCCGACCGUGCUGCCGACCCCCUCCGCCGAGGAGACGACCGUCGCGCCGAGCGCCGACGACGAGGAAACGCCCGCGCCGUCGAUCCCGGACGACGACGACGAGGAAGCCACCCCGACGCCCACGUCUGAAGCCACCACCGACGGGUCGUCGUCGCCGGCCCCGAGCGCCUCCCCGGCCCCGACCGUCGAGGGAACGGCUACCCCUGCGCCAACCGUCGACGGUUCCACCGCCGCCGGGAUCACGCUGCAGCCUGGGGAGACCCUCGCUCCGGGAGCUACCCUUGCCCCCGUGGUGACCCUCGCGCCGGGGGAGACCCUCGCUCCUGGAGCAACCCUUGCGCCGGGGGAGACCCUUGCGCCGGGGGAGACCCUAGCGCCGGGGGAGACCCUAGCGCCGGGAGAGACCCUCGCGCCGGGGGAGACCCUAGCGCCGGGGGAGACCUUUGCCCCCGUGGUGACCCUCGCGCCGGGGGAGACGCUCGCCCCCGGCACCACGCGGGCGCCGUCGCUCGCGGCCGUCGGGGCGACGCCGAGCCCUUCGGAGGGCGUGACCGCGCUCCCCGUGACGGCGUCGCCGACGGACGCGGCGUCGGAGGUGGAGGAGGCACUGGACACGACAGGGGAGGCGGCUUCGACGACGGCGACGGUGGCGGUGGCGACGACGGCGGCGGCGGCCACGGUUGCCGCCACGACGGCCACGACGACGGUGGCGACCACGGCUGCCACGACCACGGCCACGACCACCGUCUCCACCGUCGCCUCCGCGGCGGCGACCGGGGGCGGGACCGGGGGCACCUCCAGCGCCGUCACCACCACCGCCACGACGGCCACGACGGCCACCGGCGCCACCGGCGGCACCACCACCGGCGCGACCAUGACGACCACCGGGGGCUUCGUGCCCGACGGGUCGUCCGCGGUGACUAACAACGCCGGCACUUCGGGGGCGAACAACACGAGCACCUUGGGCGGGUACGGAACUGACCCGAGCUCGGUCUCGACGCGAAGCCCGGGGGCCACGCUUGGUCUGCUGAUGGUCUUCCAGAUGCAGUUCGUGAGCCUCCUGAGGAUGAUGGAAGCCAACAUUACGACACCCUUCAUGAACUUCCUCGACAGCCUCAAGUGGAUGAACCUGCACUUCGAGGUGGACAUCAGCUUCUUGAGCUGUGACGAAGAGGAAACCAGGUUUAACUGGUCGAACGACGACAACGGCACCUGGGCGCUCAACACUUUCCUGGUGUUCUUCCUCCUGCUGGUGCUGAUCAUCCUCCACAUCCUGCUCGUCUCCUACCUCGAAGCCGCGUGGCUCUCUCAGGCAAAUGCCAUCCACAGGCAUAGGCUGGCAAUUUUGCGUCAGCGCUCAUCGGAUGAGGCGGCAGCCCCGUUCGACGGGCGCACGGAGGCCGCCUACGCCAAGUACCUGGACGCCCAGAACCACGACAGGGACCUCUACGAGCAGGAGCAGGUGUCCACGGAGCGCUUCCUCAAGAGGCACCAUUCGGUGUGGAUGUACUUCCCCCAUGUCGAGCUCCUCUUCCUGCUCUUCGCCUACCAGGGAGCGUCGGCUGCCGAGGCGCGCAUGAUCUACUCCGGCUGCUUCCCCCUGGUCGUCAUGGGGAUCUGCGCUCUGAUCGUGUUUCCCGUCUUGAUGUUCAUCUACGUGAGCCGUAUCGUGUGGAGCCGCGUGCGCCCGGACAACUCUCCCCUGCGGUACGAGCCCAACCCCAACGCCGGCAAGGGCUGCUUCCUCUUCAAGGCCUGCGGGGGCUUCUGCAAGGCGUGGACUAGUGGGUCCUCGAUGUUCGAGUGGGCGGACAAGGGGCAGUGGGCCUCCAAGAACAACGAGGACGUCGAUCUCGACAGCCGCAAGUUCCGCAUCGGCUUCGAGCCGCUGUUCGUGGACUACACGCAGAAGGGCACGCUCUACGUGACGUUCCUCCUGUUCGAGUGGCUGUCCUUCGGCCUCAUCGCUGGCUUCGUGACCAACGGUACCAUCCAGACGGGGGCCGUCUGCUUCAUCUACGUGCUGGACUUCCUCAUCCUGGUGUGCCUCAAGCCGUUCUCCAACUCGAUCAUCCAAUGCUUCACCACCAUGACGGUUUUAGCCGACGCCAUUACUCUGGGGCUCAUGUUCUACGCGACUUUCCUGGAGCCAGACGACGACGAUGACGCGGAUCGGCUCGAGCUCGUGUACGCCGGGGCUCUCCUGGUCCAGACCUUGGCUAUCCUGUUCUUCGUGAUACCGCUCUACCUUGACGCUUUCAUCACCAUCGUCGGAACGCUCUGCAAGAAGUGCUCGCAGCUCGCGAAGGGGACAACCUCCAAGUUCAAGGCUCCGAUCAAGGGAAGCAGCUCGGAGACCGCCUCCAUCUUCUGCGCUCUCGUGCGCGAGAACUUCGUCGGCUGCGUCAAGUCAACCUGGAGGGGGCCCACGUACAACCCCGUCCAAACAGAACUACAGCGCCGGCGUUCGAGCUUGCUCUUGCCGGAGUUCCAGGAGGGGCAGUCCUCGGAUGAGGAAACGGCGAACCCGCACUUCGGAAAGAGGCCGUCGGGGCCUGUUCACCCAACAGGCCCUCGCCGACACGCCGGGAGAGCGCCGACCACCAACGCCCUCGAAGAUUUUUCGACCCACGGCCCAGGUGGCCAAGCAGGCACCGUUUCUCACCAGCGUGGUAGAAGCAGCGCAAGCACCAAUAGCCGCGGGACUGCUAGCGUACGUGGUACUAGUAGCCACGGGGGCUCUAACGCCACCGGUUCUGUGCAGCGCAGCAGGGGCAGCACGAGCAGCGUCGUUAGCGGACCUGCCAGCCCCAACUCGACAUACAGCAGGGAGGGGAUAAACCACGACGCGAAGACGUAGUAUCGCUGCUGUUGGCUUGCGCCGUGGCCUUUCCUGACUCCGUUCCUUGUGACGAACGAGGCAACGUGAUGUUGUGCCAUGGGGGGAAGAUUUGAUUGGUGCGUCUGUUGUGUGCGAUCGACUAUUUAGACUCCUGCUGUGUGUGCAUGUGUAUGAUAACUACUGUCUUUUGUUCGCGGUGGAUGUGGUUGCAUGAUUGGGCGGUCUUCAAGGAGACCCAAAGUUGGUGUGCUAUCUAGAUUAUGCAACAACAGCGGUAAGAGUAGCUGUAGCUGUCCUUGCUUGGGGGGGCGAGAUGGCGAACCUCCAUUUUUCUGGCCGUUCGACCAGUUACAAUCAGAAUCGGGUCCAUCAAAUUGCUUGUUUUCGUGUGCGUCGACGGCGAACGACACUUGAAACGGUAGUACCAUGGUAGCAAAUAGUUAUCGACCCGAUACUCUGCGGUUCCCGGAAUGAUGGGAAACUUUACGUAUGCAACAGGUUUCCCAGGCCGUUGGUCUGCCUCCCUGAAAGCCCGGCAGGGAGAAUACAAGAAACGUUGUGUCGAUGUUUUGGAUCCUGUGCGUGUUUUGAGUGUGUGUGUCAGAGUUUGGUGAGUGGUGGGGGUCCUAACGAGGCUAAAAACAAGGAAAAAACUGUCCCCGAGACGUUCGGAUG